AUGUGGGGAAAAGGAAAAAGAUUAGAAAUCCAUAACAACCCCUUGAACCGUUCAGCCAUUGUAAGGAUUCAAAGUGACUACCUCAGAUCAAAGAUACUGGAAAAGUGCAUUUGGUAUGUAGGUGACUCGAUGUUCCAUACAGCGCAAUGGUCUUCUGAUCAUUCCAUGUCCACCCCUCCACUGAAAGCGAUCAAAAUCUGGGCUCACCUCACUGGUGUGCCGUUAGACCUGCGCUAUGAUGAAGGCCUAAGUCUAGUAGCAGGGCUGGUGGGAGAGCCGAAAGAGACUGAUGAUUUUACAAAAAAUCUGGUUAGUUUGACAGUCUCACAUGUAAAAGUGGAGGUUGACUUAACCAAACCGUUACCUGAUGUGGUUGAAUUCGAACGUCAGAAUGGCGAGGUUGUCGAAGUCAUGGUACAUUAUCCUUGGGUCCCCCCUACGUGCUCCCACUGUCAUGAGCUUGGCCAUAUAAUAAAGAACUGCCUCCACUAUACUCCUCCUCCAAAGGCUGCUCCUGAACCGCCUUCUGGAGCAAAGAAACAAGAUGUAAAAAGGCAGCGAAAGUACCAGCCCAAAGCCAAGCUUUCGGAGCAAGGCUCUGCUGUCACCCCUUCCCCAACCCCUACUGUUUUUCCACCUGAUCUUGUCUCUCACUUUGAAGCAGCUCUCCCUGUUUCGAAACUGGCUCCUUCUGUUGCCAUUGUUGCUGAUACUAUGUCUCCCUUACCGGCUUCAUCCUCUCUUGUUCGUUCCUCCUCCAACGCCUCACCUGUGUUUUCCUCCCCUGACCCUCCCCCUAGACCUUCUCUAAAGAGCUUGACUUGUCUCCUAGCUCUCCCAAAUUCUCGACCAGUCUACUACACUGCUGUCUACGCCUCGAAUCUCAGCUCUGAACGUGUUGAUCUAUUGGCUGACCUUAUCAACCUCCACUCUAUGCUCAAUCUAGAUGGCAACCCGUGGAUCUUAGGAGGUGAUUUUAAUCAAAUCAUCUCCCCAAUAGAACACUCCAGCAUGGAUGUAAACACCACUGAUAAUCUCAUGUACCAACUUCGUGACUGUUUCCUUCAGCUUGGUGUAUUUGAUCUGUGGUACCUGGGCCCUCAACACACCUGGACAAACAAUCGUCCAGAGGACCCAAUUGCCAAAAAGCUCGAUAGGUUGCUAGUAAACAGCUCCAUGGUCGCCUCUCUCCCACACGCCCUUGCUACCUACCUCCCUCCCCUUAUCUCAGACCACACCCCUUGCUUGAUUGACUUAGCCUACCAACUUCCCCAAGCUGGUACUAAACCUUUCAAGUUACAAAACUAUCUCACCAAACACCCGAGCUUUGCUCAGCAUGUCUAUGAUGCCUGGUUGCGCGCCGGAAGUGAAUGCCUGACUCUCACUCAAUUGUGUUGGAAACUGAAAGUGAUAAAGAGGGAUCUCAAACAACUAAACAGAGAGAACUAUUCUAAAAUUCAAGAGAGAGUUUCAGAGACUUACAGUUUGUUACAACAUGUGCAGGUACAAGCUCUUCAAAACCCAUCAACUACUACCUUUGAAGCGGAAAGGGACUUGCACCAACGAUGGUUGUUCUUGAGGGAGAUUGAAGAGAGCUACUUCAGACAAAAGUCUAGAAUAAACUG